AUGGCGGGAGGAACGCGAUCAAAAAGCUCAAGCAAGAUGGAGCAAGAAACUGGAGAAUUUUUCACUAUUUCACAAAUCAAAGAGUUACUUAAGAUUCAAGAGUCAACUAUCAAAUCUUUUCUGACAGUUUUAGUGGAAUCUACAAAUACUAGAAUUGAUAAUCUCRUGAAAGAUGUGCAAGCUAUAAAAACAAGCCUCGAGCUUAGCCAGGCAGAAAUCACCGAUCUUAAGAAAUCUAACUGCGAGCCAAGACUAAAGGCACUAGAAUGCAAUAUUGAAACACUAAUUGAGAAAGCUGAUGACCUCGAGAACAGAUCGAGACGUAAUAAUCUUUGUUUUGAGGGCAUCGAAGAAUCCUUUAAAAACGAAAGCUGGGAGGAAUCUGAGGGCAAAGUUAAGUCUCUCAUCGCUACCAAGUUAAACCUGAAUACUGAGGACAUUGUAAUCGAACGAGCCCACCGAGUUGGAAGGAAAAGACCCUCGUCAGAGAAACCUAGGCCGAUCGUUGCUAAGUUCCUAAAUUAUAAAGAUCGGGAUCAAGUCCUCAACGAAAGAAGAAAGCUAAAGGGAUCCAAGACCGUAAUCAGGGAGGACUUCUCUGAGAGAGUCCUCCAGAAAAGGAAAGAUCUCCUUCCUAAGAUGAUCGAAGCCCGUCAAGCAGGGAAAAUUGCCUACUUAAGUUACGACAAAUUGGUCAUACGACAACCAAGAUCUUAUCAACAGUCCGUACCAGGCCACCAAGGUCAAGACAACCAACCUUCGACCUCCAUUCGACCGCCAUUUGCACCUNAAUUCAUAUUAAGAAAGGUGCCAGAGUGA